CUCACAUAAUCAUGUACACAAUUCUAUGCCUUGUGGGUCAAUUCUCUCUCAGUAGCAACAACUUACAUUCAUCAUUAAUCUUGUGGAUGUACACAAUUGCAAAUUGCUUCAAUUUUAGUGGCUCAACAAAACCCCCCUUUUUCUAAUUUAUUUAUGUGAUAACUAUAAUUCGAGGUUUAGCAUCAUUAUACAUAAUAGGCCUUCAGCUGCAUUUAUCAGUUACUUAUCACCCUCUCAAGUCUCAAGUACAAGAUUUGGAGAGAGAAAAAACCUUCUGGUCUUUCUAUUAGAAACGUGGGGGAGUUUUCUUUGUUUUUUUCCAAUUUCUGUGGGAUAGGAACAAGCAUUCACAUAGGGCAAGUCUUGAAUAGUCAAAUUUCACUUCCAAUUGUAGUGCUAUAAAUUAAGGGGUUGGUUUGGUUGCAUUUGUUGUUGUCUGGGUUUGGUGUUUGAUUUUUGAGGAUUAUUAAUGUCUUUUUCUGCUGCAUAUCCUGUCUAUGAGGUUGCAAAGGAUGCAGCUGGAGUCGCAGGGAAUAUCUUUGCUUUUGGGUUAUUUGUAUCUCCCAUACCCACAUUUAGGAGAAUUAUCAGAAAUGGAUCAACUGAAAUGUUCUCAGGAUUGCCAUAUAUUUACUCUCUCAUGAACUGCUUGAUCUGCAUGUGGUAUGGCACGCCUCUGAUAUCGCCCGAUAAUUUGUUGGUAACGACGGUUAAUUCGAUCGGAGCAGUAUUUCAGUUUGUGUACAUAAUUAUCUUCCUUGUGUAUGCUGAGAAAUCAAAAAAGGUGAGAAUGUUUGGACUAUUGCUGGCAGUUAUCGGCAUUUUUGUGAUCAUUUUAGUUGGGAGCUUGCAAGUAACUGAUAGUCAAACACGCCGAAUCCUUGUUGGAUUCUUGAGCUGUGCUUCCCUCAUUUCAAUGUUUGCUUCACCUUUGUUUAUAAUUAAAUUGGUCAUUCAGACAAAGAGUGUCGAAUUCAUGCCGUUUUAUCUCUCGCUCUCCACCUUCCUAAUGAGCACCUCCUUUUUGGUUUAUGGAUUGCUCAAUGAGGAUCCCUUCAUUUAUGUGCCAAAUGGGAUAGGAACUGUUCUGGGAAUCAUACAGUUGGUAUUAUAUUUCUAUUUCGAGAGUAAAUCUAGAGAAGAAUCCAGAGAACCUUUGAUAGUGUCGUAUGCGUGAUUAGUACUUCUGAAAACAAAAGGAAACAGAUUCCAAGGUGCAAAGAAUAAGCAGUUGCUACAUUCCUUUGAUUCUGUCAAUUUUUUUGAUGCAAUUACCGUUGCAUCCGUGUGAGUGGCCAGAAGUUACUCUAGUGAACCACUUCAAAGUUCAAAGUUCCAAGUUUCUGUAUAUGUGUGCAUUCAUUGGUGGAGUUGAACAAUGCUUUCAAAUUGGAAUAUUGAAAGGAAAAACAUACAUAGUGCAUUGUUGCUGCAACUUUUCAUGGCGUCUAAGCUUUGAUCUACUCUUGCAAUUAGGUCAUUUCCAUGUUCAUCAGAUUUAAGAAACAUAUAUAUAUAUAUUGAGAACCAUUUUCUUUCUUGUGCACUAUAGUCUUGUAUGUUACAUAUUGUAUCUAUUUGUUUGGCUAUGGUCAGAAGGCUGAAUAAAGAGCAAGAAGUGAUUUUCCUGUACAAGUGCUUAGACUCAAAGAUUUAAGAAUAUCAUGUAUUCACAUUGAUUUUCCUGUAUAAAAGUUUACAUCAAUGUUUCUAAAGAUUUGAGCUAUAUUACAUUUAGUUAAUUAUGUGUAAUACAAUAUUAUCUCACUUUAGAAAAGCCAUAAUAAAUAAUGUUAAUCAAUCGUCUUUUUGUA